AUGUCACAAUCGCGCGAGUUACUGCGCACAUUUGCGCGCCCUUCUGGGUCGCGACAGCUCCGCGGAGCUGCCUGCAGGGUAAACCCAACCCAACAGCGCGCCUUUACACGAAAAGCCUCACCCCUGGUCAGCUCUAGCAGCCUUGUACGCCGAUUGAACACCGAGUAUGCGGCAACACGGCGCCAGCCUCAGCGGGGGUUUGUGUCUGCGCCGGCGGCGUCAGACUUGCCUCAAUCCAGCAAAACGGACCAACAGACGGCUGCGGACGAUAUCAACGCUUUGAUUGAGAAGAUUGGUGAAAAUGAGGUUCAGAUGGUGGAGAUACUGGAAGAGUUGGAACUUAUGGGGGAAGAAGAUGAGGUGAACGAGCUCGUUGAGUUGAUCACCCAGCGAGAUGAACAUACUCCAGAAUCCUGGGUGCAUCUCGUCAAGCAGCGGUUUGGAGAGGAAUUGCCGGAAGGGUUGUUGAAUGAUGCCGAGCUUCAGAUCUAUGCCCGACUUUAUGGAGAACCUAUCUUCCGCCAGGAAGAGCCAAUGCUUGAGGAGGUUGAGGAGGAAGGUGACGAGGAUCCCAGUCUGCUGCGUGAGACUAGCGAAGGUGACUGGGAGGAGGUUGAAUACAAGGAAAAUCAUACCGCUGAGGAUGAUGUACCCGUUGUUUAUGACAUGGAUGUUCCCCCAGAGGAGGAAGAAACCAUUGCCAUGAGGCGGACGAGGGAAGUUGCAGAGCAACUGGGUGGCGAGAUUAUGCUCGAGAAAUUUGAGAAUGAGGCAGUUCCCGACACAGCUCCUAGAAUGCACCCGAACACCCUCGCGGGCAAAUCUGGGACGGAUCCCAGCACUAUCCAUCUGCCCAAGAAUACUCUGACCGGUCCCAUCUCAAUCAUUUUGUCGGAGUUCUCCAACAAACAUAUCGCUGAAACUGCACGCAAUCUGUUUGGAGGACCGGGGUUGCCUCAUUCGACUACGACAGCACCUCCCCGUGCUCAACUACCGCAGCUUCCCAUUCCUCUGCAUGCUUCGCAAAGGCAGAUGGGAGAAAUGGAGGCCAAUGCGUACCUGGCAGCCUUGUACCCUGGAAUCUACGCAUCGACUCUCAGCGUCAUGAUUGAGAUCCGCAAGCGCAUGGGAUCCGACUGGAUCCGUCGUCUGAUCUCACAAGAGGACGGACCAAAUGUCCUCGAUGCCAGCGGUGGUGGUGCCGGUAUCCUAGCCUGGAGAGAUAUCAUCCGCGCAGAAUACGAGCUCAUGGUUCCCGACCACCCUGAGGGUUUGCCUAUCCCAUACGGGCGAUCGACCGUGUUAACAGGCUCGGUAGCCCUACAGAUGCGUGCAUCCGCCAUGCUCGACAACACCACCUUCCUCCCGCGUCUGCCCGACUACGUCCAUGUUCGCGAGAAGCCCACAUUUGAUGACUCGCGUAAAGCUCCCAAGCGCAAGCAGUACGAUGUCAUCAUCGCACCCCAUUCUCUCCUCGGCCUGGAAGAAGAAUAUGAGCGCAAGCAGCACGUUGAAAACCUAUGGGCCCUCCUCAACCCCAACGGCGGUAUCCUUAUUCUCCUCGAGAAAGGCCGACAAAAGGGCUUCGAGGCCAUCGCCGGAGCACGAGAAAUGCUCCUGAAGCGCCAUAUUGCCAGCCCAGGUUCAACAGAAUACGACAACUUCCUCGAUGACCCCGAUGAAAGCCCAGUAAUCCAAAAAGAACCCGGCAUGAUCAUCGCCCCCUGCACCAACCACUCCACCUGCCCAAUGCACAAUUCCGCAGGCGCAACCAAAGGCCGCAGAGACUACUGCCACUUCGAGCAACGGUACAUCCGCCCCCCAUUCCUGCAACGUAUAAUGGGCGCCAAGGACCGCAACCACGAAGACCUCAAAUUCAGUUACAUCGCCGUCCAGCGCGGCGUCGACCUUCGCCAAACCCAAGGCAUAAAACAAGGCGCUGCAGCCACAGACGCUGCUUUCGAGGGCUUCGAAGAUGAGACCUCCGACAUCCCCGAUAAACUCGCCUUCCACCCCCUCGCUCUCCCUCGCGCCGUCUACCCACCCAUGAAACGCCGCGGCCAUGUCAUCUUCGAUCUGUGCACGCCAGCUGGCAAUAUCGAGCGCUGGACUGUCCCCCGCUCUUAUAGUCGCCAGGCUUACCGCGACGCUCGCAAGUCGAAUUGGGGUGACUUGUGGGCUUUAGGCGCGAAGACUCGUAUCCCGCGGAACUUGAAGCUGGGCGAGAAACACGGCGAGGGAAAGAAGGAGCGCUUGGCUCGUCGGGCGGCGAAUAAGAUGCGUGAUGAUGAGGAUGGCGAGUUUGAGAAUGAGUAUGAGGAUGAGGAAGAUGAUUAUGAUUACGAGGAGGAGAUUUCUGAUACUCCUGUGAGGAAGAGGGGGCAGCGCAUUCCUAGUUGGAAGAAGCAUAAUGACAAGAAGAAGCUGAGGCAGGCUGAGAGUAAGAUGUCUGCUGAAUAG